CACAAAGUCCAGCAUUCAUGUGUGGGGACUGGGGAGUUAGUUUUUUUCCAAACUAUUACUACCAGGCGGAGGCGUUGUGUGACAUAAACAAAGAGAAGAAGAUGCAUUAUUACAGAUAUGAAAAUGCAGAGGUCAGCUGUUGCUACAAAUACCUCAUGUUCAGCUACAACAUUAUAUUUUGGCUAGCUGGAACAGCAUUCAUUGCAAUUGGAUUUUGGGCUUGGAGUGAAAAGGGGGUUUUAUCAGAUCUGACUCAAGUCACACGUCUGCAUGGUUUCGACCCAGUUUGGGGAGUACUUGUUGUGGGCACAGUCACUUUUAUUUUGGGAUUCGCUGGGUGUGUUGGAGCACUCAGGGAAAACAUCUGCCUUCUUAAGUUUUUCUCUGGAGUCAUUGGAUUCAUCUUCUUCCUGGAACUGACGGCUGCAGUUUUGGCAUUCGUGUUCCAGGGACAAGUUAGAGAGUGGAUCAGCGAUUUCUUCUUGGCCAAUGUGAAGGCCUACAGGGAUGACAUUGACCUGCAGAAUCUGAUCGACUCUCUCCAGAAGCUGAAUCAUUGCUGUGGAGCUAAAGACCCCAAUGACUGGAAUAUGAAUGUGUAUUUUAACUGCUCAAAUAAGAAUAACCUUAGCAGAGAGAAAUGUGGAGUGCCCUUUUCCUGCUGCAUCAGCGACCCUGCUGUUACGGUGCUCAACACGCAGUGUGGGUAUGAUGUUCGAGAAAAAGGCUCUUUGAAUGAUUGGAGCAGUUCCAUUUAUAUCAAAGGAUGCAUCAUGGCUUUAGAGGACUGGCUUCCCCGUAAUCUCUACAUUGUGGCUGGAGUCUUCAUAGUCAUAUCAUUGCUACAGAUGGUGGGGAUCUUCUUGGCAAGGACGCUGAUUGGUGACAUUGAAAAAGUCAAGUUUAAUUAUUACUGAGCUCUCAUAACUGGAAGCAAGCGAAGGGCAAUGUAUGGAAAAAAAGAUGCGGACCUCCUGUUACUUUUUCAUGUCUCCUUUUAUGGAGGAGUAAUUUUUAAGGAUAUCUGUGGAGAAGAAGACCCUGGACCUUCUUUUUCAGCGUUGUAAAGACCACAUAUUGAAUACACAGCUGCCUAUGUUCAUCUGAACAUUGUCACAAAUGUGCCUUCUCUCUUCAAGUUUACCUCCAACCCACUUUACUUUAUUUCAUAUUUUUCCACACUUGUUUGUAGGACAAGUGAAAUCGAACAUUUUUCUUUUUGGAACCACUAAUAACCAAGCUUCAUAUACGUAAUGGCAAGAGGAUGGGACAAUAAAUUGUUAAUUAAAGUGAUAUGUUAAAUCUUAGCACGAGAGGAAGCAGACUAGUCAACCAGGCUGUACUAAAAUGUCUCUCUAUGACACUUAAAUAAUUUGUGCACUCCUUUUUUUGAGCAACUACAUUUAGUACAAAAGCAUGUUUAGUACCCCAAUUUGUUUUUCUUAGAUUAAAAAAAAGCAACUUAUGAAAUGACCUCACUCAUUGGGCAUGUAAUGAAAAAGAAUAGUACAUAUCAUGUUUUUUUAAAAUAAAUUUGAGCUUGGUUAUUUUUGUAGCUAUUCAUAUUUAUGCAGACUUUUGCAUAGUUUCUUUUCCCAGAAAAGUGUUAAUUCACUCGAAGAAACGUGAGACCUCUGAGAAAUUAGUUUUUUCACAACACAGAUGAAUAUAUAUUUUAAUCAGAUCUGAGAGCUCUCUAUUCUUUCCAGUGGAAGUCUGUUCAACCAUAACUUUCAUGCCUGAGACGCAUUCACUUUAUAUGAUGAACAGAUUUAAUUUAAGCCUUUUUUUUUUUUUUUACAUACAAGCGUUGUUAAUCUGUUUACCGUAUGAAGCAAUCAAGUCUCAUCCCAGAUUUAAUUAAAAGUAUCUUCGUAUGGGUUGGGGUGAACAGAUGUGUGCGAGUAAAACAUGGUAGAAUUUUAAUUUGCCUGAAAAGUUUAGCCCUGCAGGAGAACUGUAAAGAAGGCAUUUCCAGAUCUCAGCAGUCUGAAGAUGCAGCCAGUAGAGUAGAAUUGUAAAAGAUAAGCAAGGUCAACAUGUAGGUAAGCAAGUUAUUUCUGUCCAUUCUGUUCAUGAUCGUUUAACUCUGGGGGUGUUCAUAUAUAGAAAAACUAGAAACAUCCUGGCAGGUUUGGAGCUAAACUCAGCCCUGGUUUAACUGAUGGACAGCCCUGGUUUAACUGAAUGUCGCACUUAAUCUUGCCCAUUGACUUUGUAGAUAUUUAGGAGUCAUUUUAGUUAUUUCUGAUGUACUGAUGUCAAAAAUGCAUUUCAGAUGCCAACACUUACCUCCUAUUUCUACUCUUGCUUGGUGACUAUGCAAAAAGCAUCAGGCUGUGCCUUCUCUCUGACAUGGAAGAUUCCAUAAAAUGUGUUUACUGUUUGUUAGCUCGAUACACUCUGACAAAUAUCUGUUCAUUAACAGUUUCUGUAUUUUGUUUUCCAUUCAUUUAUGGUUGUGAAUUGCCUCACAGUUGUGACCUUGAUCUCAGCUCUGUCGAGUUUUAAUGUUGAAAGUUCAACUCCACAGUUUAACAAAGAACUUUUUUAAUUGACAUUUUAGUAGUUUGAAAUUAUAUAUUAUUUCCUAUCCAUUUAUAUUGAGAUAUAACAGAAAAUAUACAGGCAGUUCAUUACAAGAUUUUUUGGUAUAUUUUUGAUUUUUAGUACCAACCCAGACAAUAUAUCACUUUAAACUAUUAAAAAGGUUAAUAAAAGUCACUGUUUCGAACUUUUCAAGUUGUUGAAAGUAAGAUCAAGGUAAUAAUGGAAUCCAAAAACAUAAAUAAAUGGGAACUUUUUUUAAACAAUAAAUCACAAAAUAUGGAAAGAUGCCCAUAUACAUAUCUUUUUCUAAACCACAACAACCUUUUUUUGGAUGUCAAUCAUAUCAUGUCUAAAAAUAUUGACUUUUUGUUGUAUUAUCAAUGAAAACAUACAAGUCAUUAAAGCACAAACUAUUCCAAAUGCGUGUUCACAUUUUGAAUAGGCCAAACAUGAUAUGCAACCUGUCUGUCCUUACAUUUUUGCCCAAAGACUUUUUUCUUCUUCUCCUGUUUACAGUUCUGUCUUGGUAUAAAUGACCUCUUAUGAAUGCUAAAAGAAAAUGUUAAAAAUGAAAAGGAAAAAAAAGUCAUUUGAAGUUUUUGUAUUUGGUGCACUAUUAUGUCCCUGUUUGGAGUGUCUGUCUCUGCCACAGUGUAGUGUUUAAGCAUGAUAGAGAAUUGACUAAAAUGCAGUAAAUUUGCCCUGAUCUUGCUGCAUGAGCCUUCUUUUUCCCAUGAAGGGAUUUUUUUUUUCAUAUAUAGAUGUCAUUUGUUGUCAAGUUUGUGUUUGUGUCUUUGUAAAUAUUUUAAUUCUUUUUUUUAUACUCAAUAAUAAAAAGUUUAACUUUA